CUCACACACACACAAGCUGCUCCUGUGGGCUCUGACACACCGAGGGGGGGGGCAGGAUUAUAAAGAGGCAGGAGGCCGGGGCAGGGGGAGAGUCUGGAGAGGAGCAGGAGCAGAGAGAGAGAGCGAGCAGCCAGGGACAGACGGCAGAGGCACAGCUCACAGAUAUCAUGGCGACCAAUCAGAAGACGGCGUUCCUGAGGCCCUUCCUCUUCAUCCUCACCCUGAUUGGCUGCUGCUCGACCGAUCCCGGCAGCCGGACCGGCACCAGCCCGGCGACCACGCGGGCCAGAAUCAUCUACGAGACGGGGCUGGACUUCGGCGCCUACGAGAGCGAAGACGGCGGCGAGCCGGCGGGAGGGCCCCGCACCCCUGCCCCCCGCCCGGCCCCCGCCUCGCGUGCUGGCCGCCAGGUCUGCGACUACGACCCCUGCCGCCACGAGCAGACGCCCUGCGCGGCCCUGCGGGAGGCCAGCGGGUGCCUCUGCCCCGGCGUCAGUGGCCCCACGGUCACCCCCGAGCCCCCCAGGCUCCGGGAGGUCGUCCAGCAGGGGUCGGAGGUCAGAGUCCACUGGUGCGCCCCCACGUCCACAGUGGAGCGGUACUGGGUGACGGUGGAGGGCGGGGCGCCCCUGGUUUUCGGGGAGCGGUCCAGGGUGGCAGCGCUGGCGGGCGGCAUGUACGAGGUGUGCGUGGCGGCGGAGAACGGGGCCGGGCGCAGCGCCCCCUCCUGCUCGCUGCCCCAGGCGACAGCGGACGCCAGCCUGGCCCUGCAGGCGGGGCUGAUAGGGGGCGCCCUGCUCCUGCUCCUGCUGCUCAGCCUGGGGGGUCUCCUGCUCUGGAGGAGGCGGCGGGCCCACAGGAGGGCGGCGCUGUCAGCGGGGGGGCUGGGGAACCCCACGUUCGGGUCGGAGCCGCCCCUGUGAGACCCCAGACUGCAGAGGGGGGCCUGUCCCCCAGGGGGUCACCCUGCUGGAGAUGGGCACACCCCCACACAGGCACUCCUCCCACUGAGGUGUCCAGUGGGCUCAGUGCUGGGGGUCACACUGCACUGGGGUGUCCAGUGGGGUCAGUG